AUGACUUCCAAAGAAGAACCCAAGCCCUCCUCGGGGGAAGAACGGCGGCGGAGCCCCUUGGAUCACCUCCCACCGCCGGCCAACUCCAACAAGCCCCUCACCCCCUUCAGCAUCGAGGACAUCCUCAACAAGCCUUCGGUGCGGAGGAGUUACACCCUCUGCGGAACGGCCCACCUCCUCUCCGCCGCCGAGAAGCACCCCCCGGCCGGGCUGCCCCUCUCCGGCCGGGCGCUGCUCUCCCAGACCUCGCCCCUCUGCGCCCUGGAAGAGCUGGCCAGCAAGACCUUCAAGGGGCUGGAAGUCAGCGUGCUGCAGGCGGCCGAAGGCAGGGACGGGAUGACGAUCUUCGGGCAGCGGCAAACGCCGAAGAAGCGUCGAAAGUCGCGGACGGCCUUCACCAACCACCAGAUCUACGAGCUGGAGAAGCGGUUCCUCUACCAAAAAUACCUGUCACCGGCGGACCGGGACCAGAUCGCCCAGCAGCUGGGGCUCACCAACGCCCAGGUCAUCACCUGGUUCCAGAACCGCCGCGCCAAGCUCAAGCGAGACCUGGAGGAGAUGAAGGCCGACGUGGAAUCGGCCAAAAAGCUGGGCCCCAACCCCGCCGUGGACAUCGUGGCCUUGGCCGAGCUGGAGCCCAGCGCCGAGGGAAGGGGCAAGGCGCGGCCCGGGUCCUCGCCGCCGCCCCCCGCCGCCGCCCGGGAGCCCGGCGCCCCGCCGCCGCCCCGCCCCGCCUCGCCCCCCACGGAGCGGCCCCGCAGCCGCCGGGACAGCGAGGAGGAGGAGGAGGAGGAGGAGGACGUGGAGAUCGACGUGGAUGACUGA